AUGGCGGGUGAAGCUGUGCUAGGAGCUUUCGUUCAAGUUCUACUUCAAAAUUUGAUCUCAAUUUCGGUGGAGCAAAUUAACCACGUUAGAUAUUACAAGAAACAGUUGAAAAAACUGAAGGAUUGUGUCUCGAUGAUUCAGAGUUUCUUGAACGAUGCGGAGAAGAAGCAAGUCACAGAUGAAACUGUCAAACUCUGGUUAAGGAAGCUUGAAGGUGUGGCUUUUGAUGCCGAUAAUCUUUUGGAUGAGCUCAACUACCAACAUCUCUCAAAGAAACUUCACACCGAAUACAGAAUCGGGAAAAAGGUACGAGACUUCAUCCCACACUCCAUUAAUCAUCUGAAAAUGGCACUUAGAAUCAGGGAUAUCAAUAAAAACAUGGAAGAUAUUAAUCACGAGGCGAGCAACUAUGGCCUUCAGAAGGCAGUGAUCGGUGCAUAUACUCCGGUUGAUGGAUCAGGUCCAUCUGCAGUACGUCUAGAAACUGAUUCAUUCAGUAUUGAUCCAAUUUUUCUUGGAAGAGAAAAUGAUGUGUCUAAAAUUGUGAAGAUGAUGACUAGAGUUCCAAACGAUCAAGUAUUCUCUAUCCUUCCAAUUGUUGGUAUGGGCGGACUUGGAAAAUCGACGGUAGCUAGACAAGUAUUUAGUCAUGAAGUAAUAAGGAAUCAUUUUGCUAAGCGUUUUUGGGUGUAUGUUUCUAAAAAUUUUGAUGUCAUGAGUCUUUUCAAAAAGAUUCUUACAUCAUUAGCCGGAACAAACGCCGAACUUGGAAAUAAACAAGCUGUUUUGGAAGAGCUUCAAAAAUAUUUGGGAACUGAAAGAUUUCUAAUUGUCCUCGACGAUGUUUGGAAUGACAAUCAAGAAAUAUGGGAUGAUUUUGUUAAUCCCCUUAGGAGAAUUAGUUCUUCUACGGGAAAUGGCAUCAUUGUUACUACGCGACGUGAACAUGUUGCUUCACUCGUGACAACACUUCCUAUUCACCAACUAAAUAACUUGUUAGACGAUGAGUGUUGGUCCAUAAUCAAAGCAAAAGCCGUUGGAGAAGGUACUAUUAUUCCAUCAGAACUUGAGACCAUUGGAGUACAAAUUGCAAAAAGAUGUCGAGGUUUGCCAUUGGCGGCCAAAGUGGUUGCAGGAUUGUUGCGUGGAAAGUCGAUGGAUGGGUGGGUCUCUAUUCAAAAGAAUUGGCUCUCAGAUUUAACAGAUGAAAAUUCAAUUUCUAAGAUUUUAAAACUGAGUUUUGAUCAUUUAUCGUCACCAUCACUCAAAAAGUGUUUUGCAUAUUGUUCGAUAUUUCCUAAAGGGUUUAACAUGGAAAGGAAAAAAAUAGUUGAACUUUGGAUGGCAGAGGGCUUUCUUCACGGAACUGAUAUGGAGAUUGUGGGCAACCAGUUCUUUGAUCUGCUUUUACAAAACUCCUUGUUAUUACAAGUUGUGGGGAGAAAUGACUAUUAUGGCGAUAUAACAUAUUAUAACAUGCACGAUCUUGUGCAUGAUCUAGCAUCGUCUAUUUUAAUUUCAAGUGUGCAAGUUCGGUACAAGUGUCUGCAAUCUAGUGAGUGUGAAUCGCAUGAUAUCCUGAAUGAACAAGCAAGUUAUCUGCGUUCGUUACUGUCCAAUGAUAAAAUAUGUGUUCGCAUGUUCUCGGAGUUCAAAUCCUUGCACGUUUUAAUUCUUAUGGGAAAUUGUGUUGAAGAGUUGCCAACUUCAAUAGGAGUGCUAAUACAUUUGAGAUGUCUUGAUAUUUCCGACACAAAAACUAAAUGUUUCCCAAACUCAAUUAGUGAACUCUAUCACUUGCAGACAUUAAGAGCAAGUGAUGUUUUGGAGGCACUGCCAAACACAAUGAAAAACUUGAUUAGCUUGAGACAUCUUCACAUUCCUAAAAUAGAAUUGCCUCCAGAGAUGGGAAGAUUAACUUCUCUUCGUACUCUACCAUACUUUGGAGUGAGCAAUGAAAAGGGUUGUGGAAUUGGUGAGCUUGGGAGCUUGAAGAAUCUAGAAGGGGAACUCAAGAUUUAUAAUCUUGAAAAAGUGCAUGACAAAGAAGAGGCUAAGAGAGCAGAUUUAUUACAAAAGUCAAACAUAGUCAAGUUAAAGCUUGUGUGGAGUAGUGGAAAUAGAGAAGGUGAAAAUGGUGAUGAAAGUGUGUUGGAAGGCCUCCAACCCCAUGCAAAUCUAAAAAGCUUAAAGAUUUGCCAAUACAGAGGACAAAGUUUCCCAUCAUGGUGUUCAAAGAUGUCGGGGCUUAAUAAUUUGAUAGAGAUAAGACUUCAACAUUGCCCAGAAUGUGAACAAGUUCCAAUGUUGAGGCACUUGCCACAUCUAAAGAAUCUUUAUUUGUUUAGCCUGAAGAAUGUGCAAUCCAUAAGUUCGUCGUUCUACGGAAUCGACAAUUGUAGUACAUCAAGUAAUACAAUUACUGUGUUUCCGGCACUUGAAAGGCUCGAGUUGGUAGAAAUGUGGAAGCUAACAGAGUGGUCAGAAGCAAUGCUGAUGCCAAAUGCAACCGAAAAUCAACGAUUGUCGCAAGUACUACUCGUGGUAUUUCCUCGUCUUAAAUACUUGACGGUCAUGGAUUGCAGGCAAUUGAAGAGUGCUCCGAGUCAUUUUCCAUGCCUUCAAGAAUUGGAGAUUUCUCAAGUGCACAGUGAAUUACCUUUGGCGAGUAUAUGUGGAAUCAAAUUAAUCACACUUACAAAACUCAAGAUUCAAGCAAUUGAAGGACUCGUGUGUCUCCCGGAUUGGCUAUUUUGCAACAAUCAAAAUCUCUCGCAGUUGAAUAUAAGUGAUUGUCACAACUUAACGCAUCUAGUUCCAUGCUUGGGAGGUGGAGGAACUGCUAUGAGGGACUUCGUGAUAUGGGAUUGUCCGGAAUUGAGAGAAUUACCGGAUGAUUUACACAAUCUCAAUGCUCUUGAGAUAUUGAGUAUACACGAUUGUCCAAAUCUCAGAGAAUUACCAGAUGAUCUACACAACCUCAAUGCUCUUGAGAUAUUGAGGAUUUCGAAGUGCCCGGAACUAAAGACAAUACCAUAUCCACACGAUCAACAAUUAUUAUUAGGUUUGAGCCGCCUUCAUGAACUGAGUAUUACUGAAUGCCAAAGAUUGACCAAUUUGGCAAGUGAGAUGAUAGAGUCAUGUGCGCCUUCCCUCGAGAAGUUGGAAUUGCCUCAACUGACGGUGAAUAUGGAACCGGUGACCGGGAGUUUGCAAAGAAUGUCUCGUCUCAAGUGGUUGACGAUUGGGGAUGUAAUGAUGAGGAUUACUCGUAAAUAUGGGAACGACGAGUGGCGGAUAUUGAAUUCGAGUACUUGUUCUGAGUCAAUUUCAGUUGUCGACGCCAUCUUGAAAGUAUCAACUAAAUCUCUUUGUAGAUUAGUGUUGUACGGGACAGAGCAAAAUCAGGAUCUACCGGAACAAGUUCAACAUCUCAAUGCGGUUUCUGAGCUAUUGUUAAUUGGUUUAGGAGAGAUGGAAGAAUUGCCUGAAUGGUUUGGGAACAACAACUUGUCGUCUGUGAAGAGAUUAUGUCUAUCUCACUGCAAGAUUUUCCGCCGUCUGCCGUCUAAAGAAGCCAUGCUACGUAUCACCAACUUAGAGAUCUAUGAAUGUCCGCUGUUAAAUGUAAAGAAGUUACCGGAUGGAAACGACGGUGAUUCCGAAUGGCCCAAGAUCUCCCAUAUCCCCUACGUAGCUGUGGAUGAUCGAAUAGUAAUUACAACUAGUGCUCACUAA